CACCAUUACCACUUCUUUACUUCUUCUACCUGACGCCUCGCCCUCUCUCUCCCUCUCUCCCUUGUUCCCUCUUCCCUCGAGAGAGCUUCGAGCCCUUGGUUGCCUCACCUCCUUUGAGUGCAGCUGGAUGAAGAUGCCUGCGAUGACCAUGCUGCCGGAUGGGCGGGCGCCGACUGAUACUUCAGAGACCUCGUCAGAAAGAGACAGUCUCUCUGUAACAGAGUCCAGGAAAAUGGGUGCUCGACAGAGCAACGCUCAAACGGCCGAUCAAUCACUACCCCCUCCACCGUCACAACCCACUGCCGAUGGAGAUUACCGUUGUGGAAUUUGCAAUAAGACAUACAGUCGACGUGAUCUGCGGGACAGGCACCGGCGCCGUUGCAUCAAGAAUAUCGGCCAGGAACGCCAGUCCAAGCGCAAAUCCUGCGAUGCCUGUGCGCAGAAAAAACUGCGGUGCUCUAUGACCCGACCCUCUUGCAGUCGGUGUCUUCAAAGCCGACGACCAUGCGUUUAUCCCCAGUCAUCUGUGCCCGUACAGGCGCCCAACAUCCUUCCUGACCCCCAGGAGACUUCUAAUUCUCCCCCUUCUCUUCCGGGAGUAGCUGGCCUGAUACCUGGUGGCACGCCAUGGAUGUUGCCAGGGCACCAGUUCGACCCUCCCGGGUUUGAUGACGUUAACGAUAUUCCCACUGCUUCGUGGAGUCCCGGAGCCAUGUCAACUGCCGACCUUGCCGUUCAUGCCGUUGGCGACAACCCGUUGCUACCUAUACACGAUGUCUCGUUUCUCAACUCCCCGCCCUGGAAUGACGAUUUUCAUGAACGGGCCGAGCCGCUCGGGCUUGACGAUUGCUUCCACGGUUCCCUUGACAGCUCUUCAAGUCGGUCGUCCCAGAUUCUAUACAUGCCACAACAUGGCACCAUGGAGUCGUCGCCUGCAGCCGUGGUGCCCCCCACACCAGCUGCUUUCCCCGGUGACUCUUACAGUCUGGCUCGUGGCCCGGCUAUUACGUCCCUAGCGUCUGGCUAUUUCGACAAUAGCUGGUCCGAUGGCGUGACUACUAGCGACGACGACGAUACCUGGCGACUCAAUACUUACCCUGACGGCGUAAUCGGAUCGGUAUUCGGCCAGAGUUUCCUUCCUAAGACAACCCAUCAGACUCCGGGCGACGUUAGUGACUUAUACCAAGAGAUGUUUAGCCUGUUGCGGGAAUAUCCCAGUCUGGCUCUGCAGCGACAAUUCUACUCGCCCUUUUUACAUCAUCAAAUGUACAGUUGCGCGAUACAAUCAAUGGGCGACCCUCUGGGCACUUCCUUGGCCUCGGUAACGUCGUACGCCACCUACUUGGAAUCUUGCGAUACGUUUGAUCACACGAUGCACAAAGAGGAGCGACUCGCGGUCGCUCCGGACAGCUGUGUCGCGGCACUUCACGCUGUCUGUGUCUACCAGAUCUUGAGCAUUUUCGGCGCCAAUUCCCCCUCCGCUAGCAUCAUCAAGCUACCCGGGUUCGACGAGGACGAUAAGACUCCAAUUGUCUUCCUCUUGAAGAUAAUUCAGCGGGUCUACAAACUUCACGAAGACAUCCUCCGCACCCCCCACGAAGACGAAACAAACUGGAGCCGCUGGAAAUUCACGGAAUCGCUCCGCCGCAACAUCUUCUUCGCCAACAUCAUCAGCACGCUCGCCAGCAAAACCCGCAAAUUCAACACCAACGGCAUCUACCCCGAUCCCCUCGACAGCUCCAUACUCCUCCAAUUACCCCUACCGGCACCGGAGGAAAUGUGGCGAGCCCGCAGCGAGGACGAAUGGAUGAUUUCCCGCGCCCAGACGCUACGGUCUUGGACCCGAGCCCUGGAUGGCAAUAUGCUUCCUGCGCCCAGGACCUUGCAACAGCUGCUGGUCUUGGAACAGGUUGGCAGUGUUACCGUUACGUUAUUACCACCAAUCACGCGAAUGAUUCUCGCUUGCGCCAAGCUAAACGGCCAGGCGUCGUAUGGCUGAGCUGAGACCCAAGAGAUGAGGGGUUGGUUACGGAGUACUUGGUUUGGCUUGGGGUCUUGGGUGGUACUGGCUGCCACUAUGGCGUAUUGAAGGUGGGAGGGGGCGCUUGUCCACUUUGC